CCAGCACCCGCCUCUUUCUCUCCGGCCUUCAAAGGGCGCUGGGGGCCGCGGGGCCUGAGCUUCAGGCUGUAGCCGAGGGGCACUGCAGUCUUCGGCCAGCCGCGGGGCACCCAGUGCACGCAGGGUCCCUCGAUUCCCGUCGCGUCCCGCGCCUCGGGAGCAGGUGCCAGGACCGCCUGCGCGGCCGCAGUAACUUGUGCCUCCUAGCGGAUCGUAGCCGCGGGCCACAAGCGCCGGGGUGGGACUGAGAAAGGGCGCGCAGGUGGGCACAUGGAGAGCCGCAACGGGAAUGCUACGGCUGCGGCCAUCGGGGCGGCGAGCGAGUCCCCUCAGUGCUCGCCGCCUCCGGGGGUGGAGGGCGCGUUCGCGCCGGCGGAGCUCGACGGGGCGGCGGAAGGCGCGGCGGGCGGCAAGCGGCUGGGCGACGGCGAGGGCGGGGGCGGGCCGCGGCGGGCUCUGCGGGCAGUUUACGUGCGCAGUGAGAGCUCCCAGGGCGGCGCGGCCGGCGGCCCGGAGGCGGGGGUGCAGUGCCUGCUGCGGGCCUGCGAGGCCGAGGGCGCUCACCUCACCUCGGUCUCCUUUGGGGAGCUGGACUUCGGGGAGACUGCCGUGCUCGACGCCUUCUAUGACGCAGAUGUUGCUGUGGUAGACAUGAGUGAUGUCUGCAGGCAGCCUUCUCUCUUCUACCAUCUUGGAGUCCGAGAAAGCUUUGACAUGGCCAAUAACGUGAUCUUGUACCAUGACACCGAUGCCGACACUGCUCUCUCUUUGAAGGACAUGGUAACUCAAAAAAACACAGCAUCCAGUGGAAAUUAUUAUUUCAUCCCAUACAUCAUGACACCGUGCGCUGAUUAUUUUUGCUGCGAGAGCAACGCCCAGAGGCGAGCCUCCGAGUACAUGCAGCCCAACUGGGACACCAUCCUGGGCCCGCUGUGCAUGCCUUUGGUGGACAGGUUCAUUAGCCUCCUUAAGGACAUCCACGUGACCUCAUGUGUUUAUUACAAAGAAACCUUGUUAAAUGACAUCCGGAAAGCCAGAGAGAAAUACCAAGGUGAGGAACUGGCAAAGGAGCUGGCUCGGAUCAAGCUCCGCAUGGAUAAUACUGAGGUUCUGACCUCAGACAUCAUCAUUAACUUACUCCUGUCCUACCGUGAUAUCCAGGACUAUGAUGCGAUGGUGAAGCUGGUGGAAACACUGGAGAUGCUGCCUACGUGUGAUUUGGCCGAUCAGCAUAACAUUAAAUUCCACUAUGCAUUUGCACUGAAUAGGAGAAACAGCACGAGUGACCGUGAGAAGGCUCUGCAGAUCAUGCUCCAGGUUCUGCAGAGCUGUGAUCACCCGGGCCCUGACAUGUUCUGCCUGUGUGGGAGGAUCUACAAGGACAUCUUCUUGGAUUCAGACUGCAAAGAUGACACCAGCCGAGACAGCGCCAUUGAGUGGUAUCGCAAAGGGUUUGAACUCCAGUCAUCUCUCUAUUCGGGAAUUAACCUUGCAGUUUUGCUGAUAGUUGCUGGACAACAAUUUGAAACUUCCUUGGAACUAAGGAAAAUAGGUGUCCGGCUGAACAGUUUGUUGGGAAGAAAAGGGAGCUUGGAGAAAAUGAACAAUUACUGGGAUGUGGGUCAGUUCUUCACCGUCAGCAUGCUGGCCAGUGAUGUCGGGAAAGCUGUCCAGGCAGCAGAGAGGUUGUUCAAACUGAAACCUCCAGUCUGGUACCUGCGAUCAUUAGUUCAGAACUUGUUAUUAAUUCAGCGCUUCAAGAAACCUAAUAUCGAACACUCGCCCAGGCAAGAGCAGCUGAACUUCUGGUUAGAUAUAAUUUUUGAGGCAACAAACAAAGUCACUGAUGCACUCAGAUUUCCGGUUCUGGUGAUAGAGCCAACCAAAGUGUACCAGCCUUCUUACGUUUCCAUAAACAAUGAAGCCGAGGAGAGAACGGUUUCUUUAUGGCAUGUCUCACCCACAGAAAUGAAACAAAUGCACGAAUGGAAUUUUGCAGCCUCUUCCAUAAGGGGAAUCAGCCUAUCGAAGUUUGAUGAACGGUGUUGUUUUCUAUAUGUCCAUGAUAAUUCUGAUGACUUUCAAAUCUACUUUUCCACCGAAGAGCAGUGUAGUAGAUUUUUCUCUUUGGUCAAAGCAAUGAUAACCAAUACAGUGGGCAGUACAGUGGAGCCGGAGGGAGAGACCGACGGAGACACCUUGGAGUAUGAGUACGACCAUGAUGCCAAUGGUGAGAGAGUUGUGUUGGGGAAAGGCACGUAUGGGAUUGUGUAUGCUGGCCGAGAUCUGAGCAAUCAAGUGCGAAUAGCCAUCAAAGAAGUCCGGAGAAAGACAGCAGGCAAAUAUUCUCAGCCUCUGCACGAGGAGAUAGCCCUGCACAAGUACCUUAAGCACCGCAAUAUCGUUCAGUACCUGGGCUCUGUUUCAGAGAACGGCUACAUUAAGAUAUUUAUGGAGCAGGUGCCUGGAGGAAGCCUUUCUGCUCUUUUGCGAUCCAAAUGGGGGCCGAUGAAGGAACCAACGAUCAAGUUUUACACCAAACAGAUCCUGGAGGGCCUUAAGUAUCUCCAUGAAAACCAGAUCGUGCACAGAGACAUAAAGGGCGAUAAUGUUCUGGUGAACACCUACAGCGGAGUGGUGAAAAUCUCUGAUUUUGGGACCUCGAAACGCCUUGCGGGUGUAAACCCCUGCACAGAGACUUUUACUGGCACCCUGCAGUACAUGGCACCGGAGAUCAUUGAUCAGGGGCCUCGUGGGUAUGGUGCCCCGGCUGAUAUCUGGUCCCUGGGCUGCACCAUCAUCGAGAUGGCCACCAGCAAGCCUCCGUUCCAUGAGCUCGGUGAGCCACAGGCAGCCAUGUUCAAAGUGGGCAUGUUUAAGAUCCACCCUGAGAUUCCAGAAGCCCUUUCAGCUGAAGCCCGAGCCUUCAUUUUAUCCUGUUUCGAGCCUGACCCCCACAAACGUGCCACCACCACUGAGCUACUCAGAGAGGGGUUCUUAAGACAGGUGAACAAGGGCAAGAAAAACCGAAUUGCCUUCAAGCCCUCAGAGGGUCCGCGGGGUGUCAUCCUGGCCCUGCCCGCACAGGGGGAGCCCAUGGCCACCAGCAGCAGCGAGCAUGGCUCCAUCUCCCCGGACUCCGAGGCCCAUCCCGAUGUGCUCUUUGAGAGGACCCGGGCGCCCAGGCCUCACCUUGGCCACCUUCUCAGUGUUCCAGAUGAGAGCUCAACCUUGGAAGACCGGGGCUUGGCCUCGUCCCCAGAGGACAGGGACCAGGGCCUCUUCCUGCUACGCAAGGACAGUGAGCGCCGCGCCAUCCUGUACAAAAUCCUCUGGGAGGAGCAGAACCAGGUGGCUUCCAACCUGCAGGAGUGCGUGGCUCAGAGUUCCGAAGAGCUGCACCUCUCAGUUGGCCACAUCAAGCAAAUCAUUGGCAUCCUGAGGGACUUCAUCCGCUCCCCAGAGCACCGGGUGAUGGCGACCACAAUAUCAAAGCUCAAGGUGGACCUGGACUUUGACAGCUCGUCCAUCAGUCAGAUUCACCUGGUGCUGUUUGGAUUUCAGGAUGCCGUAAAUAAAAUCUUGAGGAACCACUUAAUUAGGCCCCACUGGAUGUUUGCCAUGGACAACAUCAUCCGCCGAGCGGUGCAGGCUGCGGUCACCAUUCUCAUCCCAGAGCUUCGAGCCCACUUUGAGCCUGCCUCUGAGGCUGAAGGGGUAGAUAAGGACACAGAUGAAGCAGAAGAGGGCUAUCUCCCAGUGGCCGGACCUGGCCAGGAGCCCCAGCCUCACCAGCAGCACCUGAGCCUCCAGCUGGGUGAGCUGAGGCAGGAGACCAACAGACUUUUGGAACACCUAGUUCAAAAAGAGAGAGAGUACCAGAAUCUCCUGCGGCAAACUCUAGAACAGAAAACUCAAGAAUUGUAUCACCUUCAGUUAAAAUUAAAAUCAAAUCGUAUUACAGAGAGCCCAGCAGCCCUCCACGGGCAGAGAACAGAUAAAGAGCUUAUAGACUGGUUGCAGCUGCAAGGAGCUGAUGCAAAGACAAUCGAAAAGAUUAUUGAAGAGGGUUAUACACUGUCUGAUAUUCUUAAUGAGAUCACUAAGGAAGAUCUAAGAUACCUUCGACUACGGGGUGGUCUCCUCUGCAGGCUCUGGAGCGCGGUUUCCCAGUACAGAAGGGCUCAGGAGGCCUCAGAAGCCAAAGACGAGGCUUGAUACCGAUCAUCAGCUAAGCUGGGAGCAGUGUGUGCCACCACACUACAUGUUUUGUUAAAGCUUCUGUUAAUGUAUAGAUGCAGUCUGCCGUGUUUACAUAUUUUAAAAAUGCCAUUAUUCAGGAACUUAAAGUUUUAAAUAUUGU